UCGCAUAGAUUAUGCAAUUUUGAGUUGACUAUGACCACUUCUUCUUCUUCUUAAUUUCUGUCGUAAUUUGUUGCAGAGCUCGUAAGAUUUCAACCCUUGUGCUUCUACAAUGCAGUCUUGGCGGUUUUGCAUUUCUUUGUGCCUGUUUCUCUUUGCUAGUAUUUGCAAAAAUCAUGCCUUUUCCAAAUCCGAAACUGAUGAUGACUCAUAUUCCAAAUAUUGUUCUGCCAUAAUUCCUCGUUACAACAUCACUGCUCGCAGCAGCGACGACUCUCUACCUUCCCUUUCCACAACCUACUUCAUCGGCGGCGGCAGCCUUCUACGGAUAGAUCCACACCAUAAUAGCUACUACGCUGAUAAGAAUCUCAGGCUUCGACUUCAACCGGAUUUCUAUCGAACUACCUCCGCCGGCGUCUACAAGGUCCAAGGCUUCCUAUACAUUCAAUCUCCAUACAACUACGAUGAUGUUACUACCAAUUAUAGCGACGGCCGAUACAGUCGCCGUAGAAAUCGAGCAAGCGGAUCGAUCAAGUUUCCGAUGAACGGAUUCUGGUCGGAGAAAUCGAGGAAGCUCUGUAUGAUUGGAUCCACUUGGUGGAGAGGCAUCGACCGUGACGCUGUUCUGAAGCUCAAGUUUGCGGACGACGAGAAUCCGACGAUAUAUACGAGUGUCGUGAGCGGGAGUUUGGAGAGCAGAGCUUCUGCAAAUGAUCCGUCCUACUUCGACCCCAUUCUGAUUUUCGAUUUUCUAGAAGUUUCCAACUACAAAUACUCGUUGGUUACGGAGGAAGUCGGAAGAGUGUUUCCCAGCCGAAAAGAUGAGUCGCUGAGUCUCGACGAUACUGAGUUCUGCUCGGUGGUGAUGAGGCGUCUCAAAUGUCUGGAGUUGGAGUAUGCAAAGGACUGCGCGGGGCCUCAGCCUCACCAUUGUUCGCCACUCGGUGAUGGUGAUGGAUUCUUGCCUCGCGCUCUCUUUCUCACUUCAAUUCAGUGUCUCGAAGGAUCCAAAAAGGCGAGGUUCAUGGCCACGUUUCUAAAUCGUUUGGGUGGUUUUUAUGAUAACUUUGUUCUCGGCUUGACGGUGAUCGGGGAGGCGUCGUGGGAUGAUGAGAGCAACAGAUUGAUCGGCGUGGCGUGUGGAAUCUUGAAUCCUUCUUAUGAAUUGGGAAAUGUUGUGGGGAAUUGCACAACCAGGUUGAUUCUCAGGUUCCCUUCUUUCCUCACUAUGAGAAAUGAUGCCAAAAUCGCUGGACAGAUAUGGAGCUCCAAAGGCUACUUCAAACAGAUUAAUCUCACCACUAGCCAUCAAAAUCACGUCGAGGCUUUACCGGAGCAGAGAUAUGAAUACACAGAGUUGGAUAAAGCAAGAAAGUCUUGCACCAAAAAGGCAGCCAAGAAGGGGGAUUUGUUUCCUGAUGGGCAGUCCCCAGAUAUGAGAUUUGAUAUGAUCAUCAAAAACGGCAAAGGCCAAGAAUUGGCAUGGGCAUCUGCUACACCCCUUUGGGUUGGAAAUGAUUCAUACCAAGGUGGCGAAGGCGGCGAUGUGCUUAUUGCAGCACAACCCGUUGAAACGGUGCCUUAUACGGUUGCUCAAUCUGCUGCGGUUCUUGAACCUGUUCAGAAACUGGUCUCCACCACUUCUUCAACUACAAAGAUAAGCUACAAAAUAAGAAUCAACCGUAACUACAAAGCUGAACUACAAAGCUCCAGCAAUAAUAUCAUAUCACCCAUUCUUAAUUGGCCGGUGAGUCUUGAUGAUGGAGUGGAGAUCACAGCUGAAGGAGUGUAUGAUGCUGCAAAUGGGCACCUCUGCAUGAUGGGGUGCAGAAGGCUUGUUCAGAAUUCAACAUACUCUUUCAAAGACUGCGACAUUGUGGUUGAAUUCAACUUGCCUCCGUUGAAUAGGGAGAGAGGAAGUCUUACAAAGGGGGUCAUUAGAAGCACGCGACUAAAAGAGGAUCCGCUUCACUUUGAUGAUCUCAUACUCCACUCCUAUGCUUACUAUCGCGGAGAAGCUGAGCGAUCCAUAUGGAGAAUGGACUUGGAGAUCGCGAUGGUGUUGAUAUCCAACACGCUCACGUGCAUCUUCGUGGCUCUGCAAAUCUUCCAUGUCAAGAGGAACCCUGAGGUACCCUCUUCUGUCUCACUAGGCAUGCUUGUAGUACUCUCUAUAGGGCACAUGAUUCCGCUCGUCUUGAACUUUGAGGCCGUGUUUUUGGGAGACCGCAAUAAGAGAACACUGGAAUUUGGUAGUGGCGGAAGGCUUGAAGCUAAUGAAGUUGCAGUCAGGGUGAUCACAAUGGUAGCACUGCUGCUGCAACUGCGCCUUUUCCAAUUAAUUUGGACCGCGAAACAGAGUAAGGAAAUCCCGUGGAGCGAAGAGAAGAAGGCCGGUUUUGUUUCCUUGAUGUUGUACGUUAUAGGUGCAUUGCUCACUUUACUUCUGAAUAGGAUGAGGCAGACAUAUGCUGUUUGGGGCGUUUUAUGGUCUUAUGCUGGUCUGAUUCUUGACGGCUUCCUUGUUCCACAAAUCCUGCUCAAUGUGUUGAGGGGUUCAGCAGAGAAGGCCUUGUCUCAUCCAUUCUACGUUGGGACAAGCGCGGUUCGACUAGUGCCCCAUGCUUAUAACCAGUACAGGGCUCACAACUACCCCAAGUAUGAUCUGAAUGCAACAUACUACUAUGCCAAUCCUGCUGCAGAUAUGUACUCCACUGCUUGGGACAUCAUAAUCCCUUGUGGGGUUAUCUUGUUGGCUGUGAUUGUGUUUGUGCAGCAGCGGCAUGGUGGUCGCUGCAUCCUUCCUAGAAGAUUGAGGGCUUUGGAGAUGCAUGAAAAUGUGCCUAUAACUGAUAAUCACUACAGAGUACUUUGUUGAACAUUAUAUGCUCAUUUGAAGGAGAUAUUUGUAUUUCUUUCUUUCCCUAGUAAUUUUUAUUUUCGGAAUCA